CGGGCCGGAGGCGGGGUGGCGCGGGCCGGAGCAGGACGGCCGCCAUCUUGCUCCAGCCGGAAUCUCAUCCCGCUCCUGCGGCCUAGAGUGCGCGCGAGUCGGUGGCGUUCUCUUGCCGCGGCCCAGCUGGAUCCCUCGCCUGCCGCCCCUCUGCCCCAGGUCGGAGUCCGGCCUUCACCCUCUCCUCUCGGCCAGGUCCGGCCUCCCCGCGGGGUCACGCGGCUGCCCCGGGGACGAUGAACGGAGGAUAAAUGGUGCCCAAGGCAGACAGCGGUGCCUUCCUGCUGCUCUUCCUGCUGGUUCUCACUGUCACCGAGCCGCUGCGGCCAGAGCUUCGGUGCAACCCUGGGCAGUUUGCAUGUCACGGUGGUACCAUCCAGUGCAUACCCCUCCCCUGGCAGUGUGAUGGCUGGGCAACGUGUGAGGAUAAGAGUGAUGAAGCCGACUGUCCAGAAGUGACUGGAGAGUCCCGUCCUUAUGGGAAGGAAACUGUGGAUCUGCGGCAGGGGCGAGCCAGAGGAGGCGACCCCACACACUUCCACACAGUGAAUGUGGCUCAGCCUGUGCGCUUCAGCAGCUUCCUAGGGAAAUGCCCAAGUGGGUGGCACCACUAUGAAGGCACAGCCAGCUGCUACCGGGUCUACCUCAGUGGAGAGAACUACUGGGAUGCCGCACAGACCUGUCAGCGUGUGAAUGGCUCACUUGCUACUUUCUCCACUGACCAGGAGCUGCGCUUCGUCCUAGCCCAGGAAUGGGACCAGCCAGAGCGGAGCUUCGGCUGGAAAGACCAGCGCAAGCUCUGGGUUGGUUAUCAGUAUGUCAUUACUGGCCGGAACCAUUCCUUAGAAGGUCGCUGGGAAGUGGCAUUCAAAGGCUCCCCAGAAGUGUUCCUGCCCCCAGACCCCAUCUUCGCCUCUGCCAUGUCUGAGAAUGACAACGUGUUCUGCGCCCAGCUCCAGUGUUUCCACUUUCCUACCCUGAGGCACCAUGACCUCCACAGCUGGCACGCCGAGAGCUGCUCUGAGAAGUCUUCAUUUCUGUGUAAAAGAAGUCAGACAUGUGUUGAUAUCAAAGACAAUGUGGUGGAUGAAGGGUUCUACUUCACUCCCAAGGGAGAUGACCCAUGCUUGAGCUGUACCUGCCAUCGAGGGGAGCCUGAGAUGUGUGUUGCUGCCCUGUGUGAGCGGCCCCAGGGGUGUCAGCAGUACCGCAAGGACCCUAAGGAAUGCUGCAAAUUCAUGUGUCUGGACCCAGAUGGCAGCAGCCUGUUUGACUCCAUGGCUAGUGGGAUGCGCCUGGUCGUCAGCUGUAUCUCCUCCUUCCUCAUCCUCUCGCUGCUGCUUUUCAUGGUCCACCGGCUACGCCAGCGGCGCCGGGAGCGCAUCGAGUCCCUGAUUGGAGCAAACUUGCACCAUUUCAACCUUGGCCGGAGGAUCCCUGGCUUUGACUAUGGUCCAGAUGGGUUUGGCACAGGCCUCACGCCACUACAUCUUUCUGACGAUGGGGAAGGUGGGACUUUCCAUUUCCACGACCCUCCGCCUCCUUAUACAGCUUACAAGUACCCAGACAUGGACCAGCCGGAUGAUCCACCACCACCCUAUGAGGCCUCUAUCAACCCAGACAGUGUGUUCUACGACCCUGCAGAUGACGAUGCCUUUGAGCCUGUGGAGGCCAGCCUGCCAACCCCAAGGGAUGGUGGCAUUGAAGGUGCAUUGCCCAGGCACUUGGAUCAGCCGCUGCCCCCUGCAGAGACAUCCUUAGCAGAUCUGGAAGACUCUACAGACAGUAGCAGUGCCCUGCUGGUGCCUCCUGAUCCCGCCCAGAGUGGAAGCACCCCAGCUACAGAAGCACCACCAGGGGGUGGGCGCCUCCCCCGUGCUUCCCUCAACACUGUGGUUUAGGUGGCUCAGCUUGUGGCCCCCCGUGGGCUAGGAGUGUAUGUUUCUUGUCCAGAAGACACCUAUCUCAGUGGGGGACUUGAAGGGGUCCUGUCAUAGCCAGGACCCUACUCCACUACCACAUCCCCACCAGCUGCGGGUGUGUACAUAGAAACUGAAAUCAGGCACUCAGAGAGGAGCAAGUGCCUGUACCGUCUUUACCUGGGGGCUAUUAGUCUCUUCUUUAAAUGGUGGAAUGACACAGGUGUUGAAAGCACACGUUUCCAAGAGAGCAGAGGCAGUGGGCUUCACUUACACCAAGUGCAUCUUUGGAUGGGCUUGCUUACUGCACUCUCACCCUUAGGAGCCAGUCAUCAGCCAGUGUAGACACAGUAGAGCUAGCGCUAGUGGCUGCUUAGAGGCAGCAGAGCAUCUGAACUGCUUCCAGGGAAAGCAUUUGCAGCUGCUGUACUGGCUCUCUGGGGGCUUCCUGUCCCGGGGCCAGUUGCAAUUUCAAGGUGCCGAUCAAUCCCUGGGAGGAAAUUGAACUUGCCACACCAUUUCUAGCUUUGCUUUGAGGCCAGCACUGUGGCAGGAGGCCCUGCUCAUUCCUAGCACUCUUCCAUGGUAUACCUCUGCAUGGCUCCCCAGGAGUAGACUCUAGACCCUUGUGGAGGGUUGGGGCAUGCUGGCUUUUCUCUGCCACACUCUGGAUCCCUGUGCUCUGCUUGCUGGUGAAUGACCACUGGGUCUAGUCAUGCCCGUUCAUCCUAUCUGUGCCAUAAAGGGUUGUUUGGGAAGAGAAUUGUUCAAGUGGACAUCCUGAGUUGUCAUCUGAGUCCACUACACCCCAUGAACACUGCUGGAGCCCAGUGUCUGCCAGCCACAUACAUGCCUCUCAGGCCCUACACAGCAACCGGGUACCUGGGGAUUUUGCCCAAAGGACUCCAUUGCCAGCUCCAGCUCCAGCUCCAUGCAGUGGUCUUGUCUCCUGACACAGGCCUUUAGCAUUUCUAAGGUUUGGAGAUUAAGGAAGGUUCUGUGCAAUUUUUAGCACAUUCGUGUCUUUUCUAUGUUGGAUGUCUGGGUCUUUAUAUCUGUGUGUGUGUCCCAAUGUGGCCAAAAUGUUUGCAGGUGAUAAUGGUUCACAGGAGCUCAGGACAGGGGCCAAUACCCCACAUGAGCCAUUUGUCCAUGGGCCGCUCUUGCACCUUUGAGCUUCUUCUAGGCUGUGGUCAUUGGGGCUGUGACUCCUGUCAAGGUGAGAACAGGAGUGGAGGUGACUGGUGUCUGUUCUGUUGUGCAUGAUCAGACCCACACAGCUCUAGGUGCAGCCUUACACUACUUGGAACCUAUGUUUCCCCUUCCCAUACGGAGCAUCUUCAGAUCCCCAGGGCUGACGGGGGUAUAUGAUUGCUUACAGAUAGUCCGCCCCAUGUCAAGGCCCACAGACCAUCUGCUGCAGACAUCCCUCUGCAGAGGGCCCUUGCCCCCUCUACCCAUUGCUAAGGACAUCAGGAAGUUCAUCAUGCCUCCAGCAAGUCCUAAGUGCUGGGUGCUGGGCAGCCAUGCUCCAGAGCAACAGUUGGGAAUUGUGUUGGUGCCAGGCCACCCAAAAGAGCCCUAAGGACCACACACCAGUGCCUCAGGAGACUGUACAAACUGGAACUUACGUGGGGACCAAAUGGCUAUUGGGGUUGAGAUUAGGAGGCCCAGUGGAGAGGGUGACCUAAAGUGGACUGGUGCUGCAGAGGUAGGCUUGCCAGGACUGUGGGGUCCGUCCCCCAUGCCUUCAGGGUGCAUGGAAGGCCUCUGUUGGGGGCUGUUUGGACUAUUGUUAUUCCAGUUCCAAGCACUGGAGUCUGCCAGCUCUCACUGGUGAAUAAUCCCAAAUCCAAGAUUUGAUGAGGUUUGUGUGUUCUUUACCCAUCCUGCAAGGCCCCAGAGGGACAGGCUCCUAGGAGGCCCCUUUCCCAGGACUGCCUUGCCACUCUUCUGAGGCCAGGUGCCCUCUGACCUGCCUUGAAGUGGAAUUUGAUACUGUACAUUGUCUCAAUGCCUGUUUUUACAUAUUCCUUUCAUUAAAGGUUUUAGUUUGGGUGUAUUUUUUGGUCAGGUUGGCAUUGAUCCUUUCUUAAGAUGCUGUGAGAACCAUUUCAUCCAAUGCCAAAUAAACUUGUGUUAUGGAAAAA